CCCAUUCUCUCUCCGCCCCAGACCGCCGCCGUGAUUCCAUAUUCCUACACACUUGAGGUCUUGUUUCUUGUAGCCUCUUGUAUUAUACCCUUCCAGCCGCUUCCCAAUGGCCGGCCGCUUCGUCAGAGCCUCCAAAUAUCGACACGUCUUCGGACGGUCGACAAAGAAGGAACAAUGCUAUGACAACCUUCGAAUCUCCAAAAAUGCGUGGGACAGCAACAUCAUCAAGGCAAAUCCUGAAUACAUAUCUGUCAACUGGGAGGCUAGUGGAGGAGGAGCUUUUGCCGUCAUUCCUAUCAACGAGCGCGGUAGACUGCCUGAACAGCUGCCACUUUUCCGGGGCCACACUGCAGCGGUGCUCGAUACGGACUGGAGCCCUUUCAACGACUCCCUAGUCGCAUCAGGCUCUGACGACGCAAAGGUCUUCAUAUGGGAAGUUCCAAAAGACUUCACCUUAUACUCGGAUGCAGAGGAACCAGCAGACGUCGCUCCAGUCGCCAGACUAACUGGCCACACCCGGAAAGUAGGGCACGUGCUCUUCAAUCCUGCCGCUGAAAACGUCCUCGCUAGUUCUUCGGGUGACUGCACUGUUAGGUUGUGGGAUGUCGAAGCUGGCGCCACCAAGCUGAGCUUGAAACAUGCCGAUAUCCUCCAGUCAAUGUCAUGGAAUGCUGAUGGAUCUCUACUCGUUACCACUAGCCGCGAUAAGAAGAUGCGCAUUUGGGAUACUCGACAAGAAAAGUCUGUGCACGAAGUGCCAGGUCACCCCGGCGCAAAGAACAGCCGUGCCGUCUGGAUGGGUGAACACGACAGAAUUGCCACUACCGGCUUCUCGAGAAUGAGCGAUCGUCAAUUGGGUCUCUGGGACUCCAGGUCGCCAAAGGAACCCAUCGGCGGGUUCACCAUCCUCGACUCCAUAUCAGGUGUCUGCAUGCCCUUCUGGGAUGAUGGCACUCAGUGCUUGUAUCUCGCUGGAAAAGGCGAUGGAAACAUCCGGUACUACGAAUACGAGCACGACAAGUUCGAGUAUUUGUCUGAGUAUAAAUCAGCUGAUCCCCAGCGAGGCAUCGCUUUCAUGCCGAAGCGAGGUGUCAAUCUACACGACAAUGAGGUACUACGUUGUUUCAAGACGGUCAACGAUUCGUACAUUGAACCAAUCUCGUUCAUUGUUCCUCGGAGAGCCGAAGUCUUCCAGAGUGACAUAUAUCCUCCGACCACAGGUAGUACGCCUGCAGUAUCUGCUUCUGAGUGGUUUGGUGGCAAGACUGGUUUGCCACCAAAGAUCUCACUGGAGAGUGUCUACGAAGGCGAUGUACCCGCGGAUAUCCCAUCCGAGUACAAGCCAUCGGCAUCGGCUGCACCUGUCGUCAGCCCACCGGCCACGAAGGCUGAACCUGAGCCACCUAAGACAACCCCAGCUACGACAUCGACAGUGCCCGCGCGAGGUCCAGUGCCGACCUUGAAGGACAACAAAGCGUCUAUCGCUACAAUGGCGUCCAAGUUUGCCGACAAGGACGAAGAGGAAGACGAUGAGGAAGACGAAACAUCCAGUUUUGAAGAAAUCCCCAAGCCGAUCGAGCGACCUACGGUUGCUGCUUCCCGGGCAGAAGAGAAGACCAAGGAUCCCGAGCCGCCGAAACCAGCUGCAAGCGCAACAGUGCCAAAGGCUAACCCUGUGUCCACUUCUCCAGCUCCCAAAGCGACUCCAUCAACAGAAGCCGCACCGGCCCCGACCCCAACCCCGACCACUGCGCAUCACGGCCCUACACCUAGUGGCGCUGCUGCGGGUAUCAAAGACUACCUGACGGACAUCAAGUCUUUGUUAGAGCAACAAGCCCACGCCAUGACGACCCAGAGCGAGCAAAUCGCGAAUCUCACCCAAGAAGUAAACACCCUGAAAGCCAAGGUGGGUGACCCGGGAAACACAAGGGCGAAGGACGAACGCAUUCGGCAGCUCGAGCUAGAACUCGAAGAGGCGAGGUCUUGAGCCUCUCGCCAUGACAGAAGUUGAGUGUUUCCAAUUUUGACACUAUCACAAGCGGAGAAGUUGGGGUGGUAUCGGGUCUAAUACGAUACGGUUCGCUUCCUGUUGGCUUAGCAUUAGCGUUUGAAAAGCGGGCAUGGUCGACCGGUAUGGGUAUAUCCUCAAUCGGGUGAGAUUGUCUCUUGUAGCUGG